CUUGAUAAAACAUGUUCUUAAACUAGAGUCUGGACUUGAACCCCAGAUCAUCCUAGGAUCUGCAAUCCAGAAUAAUAGGCAAACUACAGCCUGAAAUCUGAAAGUCGGAAACAAUGGAGACGUCUUAGAGCUGGAAAUAGAAGGGAGUCUACAGGGUUAGCUCUCAGGAGACAGAAGCAAGCUACUUGCUUUCUCUUGAAUCCCAGGAGCAAGGCUAAAGUUAAUUCAUGAGGAAACACAGAUGAAGCAAACAUUUCUACACGUGGAGGGUCUGUCCCACCCCGUCCUCAUUUCUAUUUUUAGUCAUUAGGCUGUAGGACCUUGACAUUUAAGCUUGGGCUGUUGCUCCCAGGGCAGGGCUUGCCUUGUGGUGGGUGGACAAUCCCUGCAGUGCUAGUCCUCUCAACGGAAGGAGCCAGGACUUGGGAUGGUGCUGACCUAGAUCUAGCAGGCUGGAUACUGAAGGGAAAAGGCUGAAGGACGUUUGCCUUUGAAGGGGAUUUUGCACAUUCACUGCCUAUGCUGUGUGUGGCACAGAACAAUGCUAAUGGCGGAAGUGUUUGCGGGCGGCCCAGGAGGGCAGCCGCGAGUACAGCGGAGGCCGCCGGAAGCGGUCCGUUGCAAUAAAACGAUCCCCAGUGCUACUCCUUCCGGGGCGGAGGGAACCAUGGCGGCGGCUUUGGCUCGGCUCGGACUACGGCCGGUCAAGCUGGUUCGAGUUCAGUUCUGCCCGUUUGAGAAGAACGUGGAGUCAACGAGGAUCUUUCUCCAGGCGGUGAGCAGCGAGAAAGUCCGCGCCACCAACCUCAACUGCUCGGUGAUCGCCGACGUGAGGCACGACGGCUCUGAGCCCUGCGUGGACGUGUUAUUCGGAGAUGGGUAUCGGCUGAUUAUGCGCGGCGCCAACCUCACCAGUCAGGAAAUGUUAAGUGCCCUGGCCUCCCACAUUCGGGCCAGGAACGCCGCGGCAGCAUCUGCACCCAGCGCAGACAAGGUCGCCCCAGGUACCCGUCGCUGACAUUGCAGAAGAGUCAACAACCGAAUGUUAGCUUGGUACUAAAGACAGUGGUCUAGUUAGAGCUGGGCUUAAUCACUCAAAACUCUGGAUGGAGGUCACCAUACAGAGUAAGAACUCUAACAACAGUACUUCUGGGGCAAGAUAAGUAAGAUUGGGUGGUGAAGGGUCCGGACAAAUUUAAAUUUUUAUUUCUCGGUGUUUAACCAUAUUUGAAUCUGUCACCCAAGUACAUUUUAAUUAAAUAUUUAUUGCCAAAUGAA